AUGCUGACGCUGGCGCGCGCCCCUCUCCGCUGCCUCUUGCUAUCCUCGCCCCCAGCCUUGUCGCUCUGCUCCCCCUACAUGACUGUAGGCCACCGCAGCGUCGGUGGCGGCGUCUCGCCCCUUCUCCUGAUGCUCUCUACUUGCCCCUCGGCGUGGCGUGUCGGCGAGGGCUUCCCGGCCGCAGGGGCACCAAGCGGGGCCUCCUCGCGAGGCAGGAGCUUCUAUGCCCACCCCGUCAGCAUGGACGACGAGGCGCCCUCCAGCUCCGCCGCCGGUAGCGUCUACGACCUGGCCGUGCGUUACCUCACCGUGGAUGAAAUUGCCAACGCUGCAAAUCUUGACGAGAUCUCCAUAACCAGCAUAUAUGCACACUGGGAGGACGUGGGCUUGAGCAUUUCGAAUGCUGCAAGCUCAAAUUUAGUUAAGCUUGACUGA